GGUAUCCUAGCUUUCCGUGGUUCUCUAAGUAGUUAAGUGCCACUGCAUUUAGAGUGGCCAUGAAGGGGUCUUGUUUCCAUAGGAACACUCCUCACCCAACACUCAGGACUGCCACAGUUAUAUAAUCUAUGUGGCUACAUUUGUGCCUUUGGAUACCGACUGUUAAGGGGAGGAUGAGGCCCCACACAGGAGAGCUGGAGUGCUGCACCCCAUCCUCCUCCUGGGUCCCUCUAAGUAGAGCCAUUCAGAAAGAAGACAACCUGGUAGAUGUAUGAUGGGCACUAUUGAAGGUCUUCAGAGGUUUGACAGUGUAAGAAAAGGGCGAGGACUCUGUGUUACCAGACCCUUUAAAGUUGGAGAGCUCCUGUUUUCCAGUCUGCCAUACUCCUACGUGCUGUCAGUAAAAGAAAGAGGCUGCUACUGCGAGUUCUGCUUUACCAGCAAAGAGGACUUGGCAAGAUGUGGGAAGUGCAAGAAAGCCUUCUACUGCAAUAUGAAAUGCCAGAAAGAGGACUGGCCAAUGCACAAACUGGAGUGCUCAGCAAUGAUUGCAUUCAGAGAGAAAUGGUGCCCGUCGGAGAUGUGCCGCCUGGUGGCCCGGAUCCUUGCCAAGAAGAAAGUGCAGAAAGACAGAUCUAUGUCUGAGAGGAUCUUGCUGAUAGGAGAGUUGCAGUCACAUGUGGGUGAUGUAGAUAAUGAGAGAAGAGAGAUGAAUGAGGCAGAAAUUGCUGGACUGCAUCAUUUUUACUCCAAACAUUUGGAGUUGCCUGACCACAAAGAUUUGCUCACGCUCUUUUCUCAAGUUGCCUGUAAUGGUUUCACUAUAGAGGAUGAUGAACUGUCCCACAUGGGUACUGCAGUCUACCCAGACUUGGCACUGAUAAACCACAGCUGUCUUCCCACCGUCAUAGUCACAUAUAAUGGGACGUCAGCUGAGGUUCGCGCGGUGCAGAACAUGAAGCCUGGAGAUGAAGUGCUCAUCAGCUACAUAGAUCUCCUCUAUCCAACAGAUGACCGCAACAAUAGGCUGAGAGAGUCCUAUUACUUCACCUGUGACUGUCAGGAAUGUACAAGCAAAUCCAAAGACAAGGUAAAGUUGAAAGUGCGUAAGCAGAGUGAUCCAAUCGAGCCAGAGGUCAUCAGCAACAUGGUGCGCUAUGCCAGGAAAGCCAUCAGAGAGUUCCGAGCCUUCACACACACAAAAACACCCAGUGAGCUGCUGGAGAUGUGUGAACAGAGCCUGGAGCAGAUGGGCACCGUCUUUGAGGACUCCAAUGUCUACAUGCUCCACAUGAUGUACCAAGCCAUGGGGAUUUGUGUCUACAUGAACGAUAUAGAUGGCGCUAUCAGAUAUGGCGAGAAGAUCCUCAAACCUUACAGCCAGCUGUAUCCAGCCUACUCCUUGAACGUGUCCUCCAUGUACCUGAAGCUGGGCAGACUGUACAUGGGACUAGAGAGGCGCUCAAUGGGCAUCAGCGCUUUAAAAAAGGCAAUGGCCAUAAUGGAGGUGGCUCAUGGUAAGGAUCACCACUAUUUGACAGAGUUACGCAUAGAGAUGGCACAAAAAUGAAAAAGGAAAGAAAUUAUGAAAACAUGGCUCCCUAUGGACUGCAUCCACUCUUUUCAUUUAGAGCUUUACAGAACUGUAGGAAGCUUCUACUCUUUGUAAUACUGAAACAAAGAGAGUGAAUUCAUGUGUUUGUGCAAAUAUGUAUUUGUGGAUUUAACUUUGUGUUGUUAGCAGCAUCUUAAGUUUGUUGAAUGCAUAAUACUUUUGUACCAAAUGUGACUUUAACGUUGAGCUGUACACAAGUGAAAAUCUUGACAUAUCGAUUGUUUUUUUGUUUUUUUUUACUCAUGU